AUGUCAGCCACGACCGCCGGCAACUUCAGCCCUGCCGCGCUCCUCAGCUACAUCUACCAGUGGAUUCAAAUCUUCAUCGCCUACGCCUUUUCGCCUAACCUCCCCAAGCAGCAACCCGACCAGAAACCCUUUGGCCAUGUCGCCGUCAUCGGUGCGGGCAUCUCGGGCAUCUCGACCGCCUCCCAGCUCAUCGGUCAUGGUUUUGAAGUGACCAUUUUCGACGAGGCGCAGGAGAUCGGUGGAAUCUGGUCGCGCGUCAACUCAACCUCGGGCCUGCAAAUCAGCUCGAUCAUGUACCGCUUUCACCCGGCGGUCAAGUGGACGACGGGAUACCCGCACCGUGACGAGAUCCUCAAGAACAUCGAGAAGAUCUGGAAGAUUUACGGGCUGGACAAGCGCACGCGCCUAGGGACCAAAGUGGACAAGGUGACGAGGCACGCGUCGUCGACGGAUCCGAGCGAGGGCGGGCAUGCGCGCUGGGUGAUCAACGGCAACGAGGACGAGGUGUUUGAUGGGGUGGUGGUGACGACGGGCACGUGCGGUAAGCCCAAGAAGAUGAACCUGCCCGGUGAGGAGAAGUUCAAAGGCAAGAUUGUGCAUUCUUCGCAGCUCGAUGGUCUGGACUGCAAGGGGAAGAAGGUUUUGGUCGUCGGAGGCGGUGCGAGCGGUGUUGAGGCGCUCGAGCUGGCUGUGGCGCAGGGAGCUGACAAGCCCGCCAUCCUCGCUCGUAGCGACAAGUGGAUCAUCCCGCGCAACACGGUCGUCGACUGUCUCCUGGCACUGCAACCGCUUGGACGCGAGACGUGGCUCUCGUUCAUCCCCGAGUUCCUCAUCAAGAAGCUGCACUACCGCGAUCUGCAGGAAAAGAUGGCACCCACCCAAGGCUUUUACACAGGCACACCGAUCGUCAACACCUCCGCCAUGACGUACAUUCGCCAAGGUAAGGCCGACUACCAGCGCGGCGACGUGCUCGAUCUUGACGAGAGCGGCAUCCACUUCAGCCUGCGCAAGCGCGGCCAAAAGAAGGGGACCCCCGGUAAGAAAGUCCACUAUGACGCAGAUAUCAUCGUCGUCGCCACGGGCUUCGAGCUGCCGUCGAUCGAUUUCCUGCCGAAAGACCUGUUCCCCGAAGACUACGUGCGCCCCAACAUGUAUCUGCAGGUGUUCCCCAUUGAGGACUGCUCGGUGCUGUGCACCAACUCAACCUUCCGCCACGCCGUCGGUACCGUGGGGCACAUCCACAUCGGCAUAAUGGCGCGCACGCUCAUCCUUUUCCUUAUGGAUAAAGAGACGCGCCCGCGCCCGCGUGACAUGCGACUCUGGGUCGAUCUGGUGCGCUACAUCAAGGAGCGAGCGCCCGGCGGCCAGCUGGACUUCUUCACCUACAUGGAGCUGUGCAUCUGGCUCACGUCGUUCCUCUUCUUCAGUGUCAAUCGCCUCAAGUACUUUUUCUUUAUCACAUUUGGCUGGGGUUUCUGGAGCCGCGAGGGCAAGACGGACAAGUCUGGGAAGUUGGUGGGCGAGCCCAAGUUCCAUCUUAGCAUCAGUAAGCUGAUCGGCAAGGGUCCUUCCGCGCACUUCCUCAAGAACAACUGA